GAAGCAGGAAGCUUCCUGGAGGGCACAGAUAACGCAGUGGGCUGCGCGGGUUUUCAGAAAGCUCACCCUCUCCCGGGCCCCGGGAAAUUGCCGGCAAUCCUCAGCGCAGAGCGAUGGAGUCCUCCUGGCUGGAGAUGCGCUGGGUGCGGCCCUUUUACCUGGCGUUUGUGUUCUGCCUGGCCCUGGGGCUGCUACAGGCCAUCAAGCUCUACCUGAGGAGGCAGCGGCUGCUGAGAGACCUGCGCGCCUUCCCCGGGCUCGCCGCGCAACGGUUCGGCGGGCUAGACAAGUUAUAUCAAAGUGAGAAUUUCGAGAAACUUGAGGAGCUUGUCGGAAAACACCCAUGUGCCUUUCCUAUCUGGGUUGGGCCCUUUCAGGCAUUUUUGUGUAUCUACGACCCGGACUAUGCAAAGACAUUUCUGAGCAGAACAGAUCCCAAAUCCAGCUAUUUGUACAGGUUCUUGGUUCCACAUCUUGGAGAAGGACUACUGACUCUGAAUGGACCCAAGUGGUUCCAGCACCGACGCCUAAUAACUCCUGUAUUUCAUUUUAACAUCUUGAAAUCAUACUUCAAGGUGAUAGUUCAUUCUAUGAACAUAAUGCUGGAUAAGUGGGAGAGGAUUUGCAGCACUCAGGACACAGUUGUGGAAGUUUCUGAACACGUCAGGUUGAUGUCCCUGGACACCCUUAUGAAGUGUACUUUCAGCCGGGAGACCAAUUGCCAGAUAAACAGAACCCAUGACUGUUAUAUAACAGCGAUGUCUGAAGCCUCCAAAAUCAUCUUUAACCGCAUGCCCAAUUUCUUACUUCACCAUGACAUAAUUUUCAAAUUCAGCCCUGGGGGCCGCCGCUUACCGGAAUUAAGCAAAACUCUGCAUCAGUACACAGACCAGAUAAUCCAGGAAAGAAAGAAAUCCUUCAAGGCUGAGAAAAAGCAGGGUAACACUCAAAAGAAGUACCAGGAUUUUCUGGAUAUUGUCCUUUCUGCCCAGGAUGAAAAUGGUGACAGCUUCUCAGAUACUGACCUACGGUCCGAGGUGAACACAUUCAUGGUGGCAGGGCAAGACACUGUGGCAGGGAGCAUUUCCUGGCUCCUCUACCACCUGGCUCAGAACCCUGAGCAUCAGGAGAAAUGCCGGGAAGAGAUCAAUAGCAUCGUGGAGGAUGGGUCAUCCAUCACCUGGGACCAGUUGGGUAAGAUGUCCUACACCACAAUGUGUAUCAAGGAGUCUCUCCGAUUGAUGCCUACCAUCCUCUCCAUUUCCAGAGAACUCAGCAAGCCUAUUACCUUCCCAGAUGGACGAUCCUUGCCUGCAGGAGUAACUGUGGUUCUCAGUAUUUGGGGUCUUCACCACAACCCUGCUGUCUGGGAAAACCCAAAGGUCUUUGACCCCUUGAGGUUCUCUCAGGAGAAUCAUAAUCAGAGACACUCCCACUCCUUCUUACCAUUCUCAGCUGGACCAAGGAACUGCAUUGGGCAGCAGUUUGCCAUGAUGGAGAUAAAGGUGGCCAUUGCUAUGAUUCUACCCCGCUUCCGGUUGACUCUAGAUCCCACCAGGCCUCUUUCCUUCGAGCGCCAAAUUCUCCUCAAACCCAAGAACGGGCUCCACUUGUACCUGAAAAAACUUCCUUAAUGUUAGAGUCUAGGGUACAAUGAUUAUAUAUAUUUUGUUUUAACAUUAAAUUUACAACUAAGGGCCCAAGAAAAUGAAGAGGAAUCAAAGUAUGGUGGGAAGGUUAGGGGUAGGUGGUGUGGGGGUCUCUGUGGAGCUGCAUAUUAUCCAAAACCAUCUCUGUUUCUGUAUGACUUUGGGAGAUCUUCAGAUCUUUUCUGUUUGAGUUUGGCUACUAUUAAUGCUAUAUACCAAGAAGUUUGCUAGGUAACGUCCACACAUGUUCUGCUGUUUUUAAAAACACUUUUCAGAAUUACACAGUAGUAGGUGAAUGUAUUUCCAACAGUAGAAAGGCAUGUAGGGUAAAAAGUAAAAAUCGCAUUUCCCAUAGCAUAUACCUACUUCCCCAACCAAUCCUACUGCUUUUCCUAAACACAGAAUAGUUUGGUGUGCAUUCUUUCAGACUUUUUCCUGUAUACUUCAUGUGUAUGUAUGUAUUCUUAUAGAUGGGAUCAAAUCCAUAUUGUUCUUGCCUUUUUCAUUUAAUAAAAAUAAUACAUCCCAUUCCUAAUCAUGGCUUCAUUCUGUAACAUGGAUGUACUAUAACGUAACUCUUUUCCCAUUAUGGGAUAUUUAAGUUAGUUGUAGUUUUAAAAACAUGCUUAUUGGCCAUU